CGAGGGUGUGAAAAUUUUCGACAGUGCUCUGAGAGACGCCGAAGCGAAAUUGAACGUAAUUUUGGAGACGGACUCGACUGCGUAAAGGAUGGCAACCGAAACCGAAACGGCAGCAAUCCACACAAAUGGCGGUGGGCUGGAGACGGUGACCGAGGAAGAGAGCAGCAGUAAGCCCCGCCCGGCAGAUAUUGAAGCGGAUAUGCGUGAAAUGGAACGACGUAAGCGCGUUGAGGCAAUCAUGAACUCACGGUUGUUCCGCGAAGAGCUAGAACGCAUCGUGGAUGGGCAGAUGCGUGAAGGGUCAUCGACGAUCUUGCAGCAACUAUCGGACAUUAUGGGCAUGCCAGCGGCUCGCAUCGGUUCGGUGUUCAAGAGCUCCAACUGUGUCGUUCCCAUCAACGACAUUCGAGGAGUCGAAUCGAUGAGCUACGAAAAAGGCGAAAAAAUCUUACGCUGCAAACUGGCCGCUUCCUUUCGGUUGAUGGAUUUGUUCGGUUGGGCGCAGGGCAUCGGGUGUCAGAUCACUGCCCGGCUGAAUGCCGACCAAGAACUGUUCCUCGUUAACCCGUACGGCAUGCUCUACCACGAGAUCACGGCCAGUUCGCUCAACAAGGUGAACAUGCAAGGACAGAUCGUCGAACAUGGAACUACCAACUUCGGCAUCAACGCUAGUCAGUUCACCCUACACUCCGUCAUCCAUGCUGCCAGGCCGGAUAUCCGUUGUGCAAUAUAUGUGGCCUCAAACGCGGUGACGGCCGUAUCGGCUCUGAAACAAGGACUGCAACCACUGACUAAGCACAGUGCGCUACUCGGAGAAAUUGCUUUUCACACGUACGCUGGAGCACUCAACGAACCCGAGGAGAAGGAUAAACUGUUGCGCAGUCUCGGUCCGGUGUCGAAGGUGUUGCUGCUGUCUAAUCACGGUGCGUUGUGCUGUGGUGAGACAAUUGAAGAGGCAUUUUAUCACGUGAACCACAUGGUACAUGCAUGCGAGGCACAGCUAAAGUUGUUGCCGGUUGGGCUAGAGAACUUAAUACUCAUCCCAGAAGAAACCCGUAAAGCAAUCUACGAUGCCGCCCGUAAACCAUCCGUGGAGACGCAGGAGGCGCUCUCAGUUCAACAUGCAGAUAAUAAGGAAGGACAUCGUCCGCAAACACCGAAGUGGCGCGUGGGGGGCUCCGAGUUUGAGGCCCUAAUGCGUAUGCUUGAUAACGCCGGAUUCCGCACCGGCUAUAUCUUCCGAAAUCCGCUCAUCAAGGGCGACAUUCCAAAACCACGCAACGACAUCGAGGUCCCGCCUGCAGUGUCGUCGUUAGGGUACCUUAUUGAAGAAGAAGAAUUUCUCAAGCAAGGAAUCUGGCGCAAAGGAGAUCCACGCAAAGUUGGGGAUCGUUCGCGUUGGCUGAACUCGCCGAACGUUUACCAGAAAGUCGAAGUACUAGAAACCGGUACUCCUGAUCCGAAGAAAAUUACUAAGUGGGUUGCCGAACCAUCUCCUACACAUUCGUCGACCCCGGUGAAAAUAGAGCACGCCCAUCAAUUCGUGCCCACUAACACCAAUCCACGAGAAUUUAAGAGAAUUCAGCAACAGAUUAAAGAUAAUCGUCGUGCGGAUAAAAUUUCGGCCGGACCACAGUCGCACAUUCUAGAGGGCGUCUCAUGGGACGAGGCUAACCGACUGAAGGAUGCAACCGUGUCUGCGGCUGGUGAUCACGUGGUCCUGAUGGGAGCCGCCUCGAAAGGUAUCAUUCAGCGUGGUUAUCAGCAUAACGCCACAGUUUACAAGGCACCGUACGCGAAGAAUCCGUUCGACUCCGUUACUGACGACGAGCUCAACGAGUACAAGAAGACGGUCGAAAAGAAACGACACGGCGAUGGUAACGAUACAGAUUUCUCCGAAUCAGAAGCACUCAGCUCGCUGCAGAUCAGCGGGCCGACGAAGGGAGCCUCACUUGUCAGUCCGCCAAGCCAGUCGGAACAGGAAGACGCAGGAAUGGAACACCAUGUCCUGAGAAUAGAAACAAAACAAGCGCCUAAACCUAGCCAGCCAGAAGUAGUACUAAGCGAUGGCGAACAAGUUCAAAAUGGCGAACAAUCCGAUGCACACAUGAGCACCUUCUCCCACAGCAGCAAAGAGCUGCAGGAUAUUUCAACCGAUGGAUCACCGAAGAAGGAUAAGAAGAAAAAGAAAGGCCUACGGACGCCGUCGUUCUUGAAGAAGCGAAAGGAUAAGAAGCGCAUCGAGUCCUAAAUCGUACCCGUAACAACAAUGCACAUAACAGCACGAGCAAACAAGUUGGUGACAGUAAUGAGAGAAGGCGCGCUAGUGUCAGCCCCGAUCGAGUUCGGUAGAGGAGGAGAUGGAGUCGUUUAUGGGUGAUGCCGUCACAGUUUAGUUAGGUAAACGAGCGUUCAUCCUACGGCGGAAGACACACCGACUACGGAGUGGGCUUUCUUAGCCGUCACGGUAGUCUUCGAAAGAAUGUUUAGCGAACAACUAUUGCCUUGUUUUUCGUUCGUUUUUUGUUUAUUCAUUUUUAAUUCUUUCGUAUUUGUUCUUAUUGUUCUUAUUUGUUGAAAUGCGACCUUUCCUCGUGGGCGAUUGCCCCCAAACUUGUGUCAACGAUACUAGAAUGAUGCAACGAUGUGUGGCUUGCGUGGAGAGAUCCUUAGAAGUAUAAGCAAGAAACAGUAUGAUUCGUAUGGACCAGAGUACGUGAGCACAAUCGUACCCAGACACAAACACGACGGACAUGCUUGCAGUUGACAUCAAACGCGGGAGAGAAUUAAUGUACUAUUUAUAAACCGGAAACAGAACCAACAAAUUACCUACGAUUUCGGGGCAAAAUUUCGGAUCUGCCGGCGGUCACAGCCGUAUCCGCAACCACUCCAGAUGAGAAGCGUCGAUCGAGCGAGCGACUAUCGAGUAUUGUGCAACGAAUGUGUACCGGCUGCUGUCCGCUGCCCCACGCUGCCGUAGAUAUAACUGCGAAUGAGCAAUCGCUAAUACUUUAUAUGAUGUUUUUCGCUUUCUUUUUUUUAUUUAAAUACAACUAUAUGUUAAUAGGAAACGAAAUGUAAUCAAACGUACAUACAAGCACAUGUAUCUGAACAGAAAUGAAGAGCAAGUAAGGAA